AGCCGAGUGCAGCCGAGCCGGCGGGGCGGAGAUGGCGGCGGCGGCGGAGCUGCAGGGGAAGUACCAGAAGCUGGCCCAGGAGUACUCCAAGCUUCGCGCUCAGAACCAAGUCCUGAAAAAAGGAGUUGUAGAUGAGCAGGCAAACUCUGCCUCACUGAAGGAACAACUGAAGAUGAAGGAUCAAUCACUGAGGAAACUGCAACAAGAAAUGGAUAGCUUGACCUUUCGAAAUCAGCAACUUGCCAAGCGGGUGGAACUACUUCAAGAUGAACUUGCAUUAAGUGAAGCUCGGGGCAAAAAGAACAAAAAAAGUGUAGAACCCUCAUCUCAGCUGAGUCAAGAACAGAAAAGUGUCUUCAAUGAAGAUCUUCAGAAGAAAAUCGAAGAGAAUGAACGAUUGCAUAUACUUUUCUUUGAAGCAGAUGAGCAGCACAAACGUUUAGAAGCAGAGCUGAGGAGUAGACUGGAGGUUUUGGAAAUGGAUGCUGCCCAGCACCAAGCUGUGGUGGACAGCUUAACGAAGAAAUACACAGAGACCAUAGAAAAGCUGCAGAAUGAUAAAGCCAAAUUAGAAAUCAAGUCUCAGACACUAGAAAGAGAAGCUAAGGACUGUAGGCUUCGAACCGAAGAAUGCCAGCAACAGCUAAAGAAUCUUCAAGCAGCUUUGGGCAGUAGACUGGAAGAAUCUCUAUGCAUAAUUAAUGAAAAAGUACCUUUUAAUGACACAAGGUCUAUUCGAUACAAUGCUCUGAAUGUACCAUUGCACAACAGAAGAAAUCAGUUGAAGCUGCGAGACCUUGCUGGCCAGGCCAUGGCUUUUGUCCAAGAACUUGUAACAGCUCUCCUGAACUUCCACACAUACACUGAACAGAAGGUACAGAUCUUCCCCAUUGAUUCUGCAACAGACACAAUAUCACCCUUAAACCAGAAGUUCUCACAGUAUCUCCAUGAAAACGCUUCCUACGUUCGCCCUCUGGAGGAAGGAAUGCUGCACUUGUUUGAGAGCAUCACGGAGGAUACUGUCACAGUCCUGGAAACAACUGUGAAAUUGAAGGCCUUCUCAGAACAUUUAGCUUCCUACUUAGGCUUUUUAAGAAAGAUUCUUCCUUAUCAGUUAAAAAGUUUGGAAGAAGAGUGUGAGUCUUCUCUUUGCACAGCUGCUUUAAGAGCUAGAAAUAUGGAGCUGCACAGAGACAUGAAAAGGUUGACUGCAGUCUUUGAGAAGCUACACACAUACGUCGGUCUUCUGGCCUUACCAAGUACAAGACCAGAAGGACUCCUUAGGACAAAUUACAACUUUGUGUUUACAAACAUUGCUGCAAGUCUUCAUGGAUUCCAUGACAUUUUAAAAGAUAUUUCCAAGCACUAUAGUCAGAAAGCUGCUUUAGAACAGGAAGUUCCAACUGCCACACAGAAACUCAUAACUACAAAUGACUGUAUUUUAUCUUCUGUUGCUGCUUUAACAAAUGGAGCGGGCAAGAUGGCCUCGUUCUUUAGCAACAACUUGGAUCACUUCACCAGCUCGUUGAGCUAUGGCCCCAAGGGAGGAGCAGAGUUCAUCAGCCCUCUCUCAGCUGAGUGCAUGCUGCAGUACAAGAAGAAGGCAGCUGCCUACAUCAAGUCCUUGAAGAAGCCUUGUGCAGAUUCAGUGCCUUAUGAAGAGGCUUUAGCCAAUCGCAGAGUACUCCUGAGUUCUACAGAAAGCAGGGAAGGUCUUGCACAACAGGUCCAGCAGAGUUUGGAGAAAAUUGCAAAACUUGAACAAGAAAAAGAACACUGGAUGUUGGAGGCCCAGCUAGCUAAAAUAAAGCUAGAGAAAGAAAACCAAAAACUGAAGAACUCUCUUAGUGGACAUAUAACUGAAACUAUCCAGGAGCAUUCAGUUUUGCCAAAUAUAGCAGAACAAAAGAAGGAAACCACAGAAAAGAGUCUGAGGGAACCUAUUAAGAGCACUAGUCUGAUUGGAAUGUUGACUGUAACUACUGAUAAUGAAAAGGCUCCAGAUGUUGAGUCUCGUGAAGACCUGAUAAAAACUCACUACAUGGCCAGGAUAGCAGAGCUGACCUCUCACCUGCAGCUUGCUGAUAGCAAAUCAGUGCACUUCCAUGCUGAGUGUCGAGCACUUGCCAAAAGGCUUUCUCUGGCAGAGAAGUCCAAGGAAUCGCUCACAGAAGAGUUGAAGCUCUCCAGUCAAAACAUCACCAGAUUACAGGAUGAAUUGAUGACAACAAAGAGGAGCUACGAGGACCAGUUGAGCAUGAUGAGUGACCAUCUGUGCAGUAUGAAUGAAACCUUGACUAAGCAAAGGGAAGAGAUUGACACACUAAAGAUGACCAGUAAGGGAAAUUCUAAAAAGAACAAAAAUCGAUAGUUUACAGCUGAGUCUUUGGAAGCUGCUGCUGCACAGGAUGCAGAUAGUGACCAUUCAUUAUCCAGUUCCUGUUUGUUCCGGGAAGCAGAGGCUGGCAUUGGGUCUAGUAAAAACUGAAUUGGUGCUGUAAAUGGCUUUAAAAUAUUUAGAACUUGUAACAGAUAAAACAGAACUUAAUGUUGGCUCUAAACCAGGAAAUACACAUUCUGUGGAUAAUUUAUAUAGUAAUUACCUUCAGUUUUUACUGUGCACUUUUUAAAACAGGUUUUGAUUUCAUGUAACAACUUCAGAUUUUGUAUAUUUUCAAAUAUGUUUCUGCAUUAACAAAUUUGGAUUGGUGCAGUAGGUGUCUAUUUUUGAGUUCUACAUUUAAUGGUCAGCACAUGUACAUUCCAUUACUUGUUAAUAACCGUGUAAAAAUGAGUUUGGAGACUUUUUUUGGCCAUGCAAGCUGUGUAGUUACUGUAGAUGUAUUACUCCUGUUCUCAGCCCUCUAGAAUCAAUUGGAAUUGUGGCUUGAAAUGAUUUUGAUGAUGAAAGUCACCAAGUAAAUGGGAUCAUUGUUAGGCUGCAACAGUGGCAACCUUUUCCUGCUUGUAUUUGACACUUUGGAUUUGGAGGUAAAGAGCACAAAUAGCUGAACUGGGCUACUUCAAUGAAAUUGCUUUAAUCCAUUUCUAUAACAUUUUGUUUACACAUGUAUGUAUAUAUAUAUUGGUUGAAAUAAUUCUUUAAGGCUAGAGGAAACUGUGACUGUCAU